AUGGUGAAAUAUUGUAUUGUGCGUGGAUGUACAAGUGGUUCAGUAUCUGAUCGGAAAAAUAGACAGAAAAAGAAUUUGCGUCAAUCAUCGUUAUUUAAAGUACCAAAGAGUAACGUAUUGAGGAAAAAAUGGUCAAAAGCUUUAUCACAACAAUUGACUCCAAAUCAGUUUGUGUGUGAGAAGCACUUUCGCGAAGAAGAUAUUAAAAAAGACGAUCGAUUGAUUAUUAAUGAAGCUGAAACUAUCAUCCCUCGUGAAAGGUGGGCUCUUUUGAAUGACAAUGUCAUUCCAAUAAACCUUCAGGAUUUGGAAAUGGACAUUUCUGAAGAGCAAGUUCCAUUAGUACGGAGUGACAUUAAUAAAUGUCAAAUCAAAAACCUGGAUUAUACACAACCCACGUUACAAAACUUUGAAGGUAAUGAUUUAAGAGAAGAUUCUCAAUCAGCAGGACUCCAUCAUAUGGAAUCACCAGAGAUUGUAACAGCAAAUGAUGUCAUUAUCUCGGACUCAUCUUCACCAUCAUGUGUUACGCUAGAAGAGAUCCAUGCUCAUUGUCGCUCAAUACUGAUGCAAGAAUGGUGUUAUUUUGCUUAUGAUGAAGAGUUGAUAUUUAGUCAUAUCAAUUUCCACACCCGAAAAGAAGAUAUGCAUCUUACUAUUGCAAAUGAUCUUUCAGUGAAGGUUUCUUUCUCUCAACGACCAGAAAUUGCUAUCGAUGAUACAAUAUCAUCUAUAGAAGAUAUAAAACUUUAUAUGGAAACUCUGCAAGCCACUAUUUUAUGUAAAGGAACUGGCAUACACUAUAGGGAAUUUGCUUCAAACUGCACUGGGCAGGUAUCUGCAAAUGAAUAUAAGCGUUGGCGACAAAAUCCACGUUGUUUACAGUGUCGAAGUCUACGUCAACGACUUCAACGAAGAAAGGGUGCUGAUGACAGUAAAUUCAAAGUGCGAAAACUUCAAAAAAACCUUGAAAGAUUUAAAAAACGGUGUCAUCGACUUUCCCUUAAAAUCCGUCAAAAAGUAUAA